AUGCCGCCUUGGGGGUUGAGAUGGUUAAAGUUGUUUCUGAACCCGUACGCAGAUGAUGACUUUGAUCACAUCGAUGAAUCAGACCGCAGAAAGUAUAUCUUUGAACGUCUUGAAGGAUCUGAUUUUUCAGAAAGUUUUUGGGUAGUGGUCGUUGCCGGAGUGGGAUUUUUUACCGAUGCAUACUCAAUAUUCGCAAUUAACAUGGUGAUUCCCAUGUUAGGAAUUAUUUACUAUGGAGAUCCUGUUAACAAGGGAGUAAUGCCUCACAACUACGAGAUUGCUCUCAGUGUUGCUACAUUGGGUGGAUCUAUCAUCGGUCAAAUAGGGUUCGGUCUUGGUGCUGAUCUAUAUGGAAGACGGAAGAUGUAUGGGCUGGAGCUGAUGAUAACUAUCUUCGCAACAUUAGGUGUAGUUAUGUCAUCUAGUGGUAUCGAAGGCUCAAUGUCCAUCAUUGUAUGGCUGUUGGUAUGGCGUUUUGUUUUGGGAAUUGGUAUUGGAUCGGAUUAUCCACUUAGUAGUGUUAUCACUGCAGAGUUCGCUCCGCAUAAACUUAGAGGGAGAAUGAUGACCGCAGUCUUUAUGUGCCAACCUCUGGGUCAAUUGGCCGCAACUUUAGUGUCUUUGAUUGCAGCGGCCAGUCAGAGAAAUGGAAUCCCAGCAAAUGCUACGCCGGAGAAUUGUGCUGGCGAAUGUCUCAAAACAAUGGAUUCUAUAUGGCGAUGGAUUGUCGGUGUGGGGGUGAUUCCAGCAGUCAUUGCUCUCUGGUUCCGACUUACAAUUAUAGAAUCACCAAGAUAUACAGCUGACGUGGGUAGAAAUAGUAAAAAGGCAGCAUCGGAGCUAAGCAGAUAUCUUCCAUCGGGGGUUGAAUCAGCAGUUGCUUCUACUACUUCCAUCGAAAUACCGCCGCAAGUUCGGUUCCGUAGAUCAACCAUGAACGGUAAUGGGCGACCAAACUCAUCCCAAUCGCGAAGAAGUAACGAAGAAACAUUAGACGAUAUUCAUUUGGAGGAUCAGAUCUUAGCAACUGCCAAUGACAACAAACCUCCCCCUGUGCCUUCAUGGGAAGAUUUCAAAGAUUACUUUUGGUAUAAAGGGAACUUGAGAACGCUCAUUGCUACCUCUAUGUGUUGGUUUUGUGUAGAUUUGCCUUUCUACGGACUUGGAAUGAAUAGCCCCCAUAUCAUCUCCACAAUCUGGCACGGUAUAGGAACUCCGCCAAAGUACAUCUACCCUAUCCUUAUCGACGAUGUAUGGCAAAGUCUUGUGGUUGUUUCUAUUGGUGCAAUUGCGGGCUGUGUCAUUACCUUCGUGGCUAUCGACAAACUUGGACGACGGAAUAUUCAGAUGAUCGGUUUCUUCUUUCUAUUUGUUCUAUUUAUCAUAAUUGGGGGAUCAUUCAAUCAUUUAUAUAAUAUUGGCGGCUCGGCUGCUACCAUCGUUUUGUAUAUCCUGUGUCAGAUAUUCUUUAACUUCGGUCCAAACACCACCACUUAUAUAAUUGCAGCAGAACUAUUCCCCACUCGAUAUCGUGCACUAUCCCAUGGCAUAUCUGCAGCUUUCGGAAAAUUAGGUUCUGUCAUCGCCCAAUUAUUUCUUGCCUACGUAGACUAUGGUCACAACAUCGACUAUAAUCGUAUCCAACUUUGGCUUCCAUAUUCUCUUUUGAUCUUCUCAAUAUUCAUGCUCCUAGGUCUCUUAAUAACAAUCUUCUACAUCCCUACACCCGAACUAGGAUCAGAUGGUGUGAAAACACUUGAAGAGUGGGAAGUCGGUAGACCGGCUAAUGGAUUUUCCAAAACAUGGGUAGCCAGAACCAUUGCAAAGGUCUGGAGAUGGAGCUCGAAGAGUUGGGAUGGAAUGGUAGGACUGAUCGAUAGAGAUGAGGGAGAGAGGAGAAGGGAAAUGAGGUUGCUCAAAGGUGAGAAAAGAAUGAUGGUGAAUGAGGAUAACAUUGGAGGAUCGGAAGGGGAUACCAAUAGAGAUUAG